GUGGUUCUUCAACUACAUGCUGUGUGACGCCUGUGGCCGCCUCUUCGUCAAGAAGAAGCACUGCCCCGUCUGCCUUAGGGUGUAUCGGGACUCAGAGCCAACGCCAAUGGUGUGUUGUGACAAAUGCGAGCACUGGGUGCAUUGCGCGUGUGACAAUAUCAGCGAUGAGCAGUACAUGCAGUAUCAGACGAACUCAGACCUCUCCUAUACGUGCCCUGCCUGCCUUGGCCACGCUCCUAGUGUCGCAACAGCAGCAGAGGCCACUCAAGAGCUCUGGUCUCGAUUCAAACGCCGUGUGGAGCAAAGCAAGGGAGGAGCAAAGGCAGGCGGGGAGGGGGCAGCAGAGGAGGCGGAGGAAAGCACUUGGUCGAGAAAGAGGGGGCAGAGAAAGAGGGGAAUGGCCUCGCUUCAUGCGAGGGAGGAGCAGCAGGAAGGGGACGUGGACCGGGAGGGGAGAGGAGAGGGGGAAGGUGGAGGUGGGGAGGGCAGAGGAGAUGGGCACGAGGGGCCUGAUCAGGAGGAGGAGGAGGGCAGGGAAAAAGCUCCUCCUCCGUUUUCGGAGAGUGAGGGAGAGGAGAGUGGGGGGGAACGGGGAGGAGGAUUGGGUGGUGGUGAUGGUGUUGGUAGGAAGGGAAGGAGGGUGGGGGUGGGGUAUGUUGCAGGGUCUGUUGGAAAGGAGAAAGGGGGGGGAGAAGAGGGUUUAGGGAAGAGGAAGAGGAGGAAGUUGGUAGGGGAGGAGGAGGAGGUGGGGGAAGGUGAGGGGGGAGGGGAGAGGAAGAGGAGGAGAUGGAAGAGUGGCAAGGUAGAGGAGGAGGAACAGGUGGGGGAGGGGGAGGAAGGGGGUGAGGGAAGAGGGGAGGAGGGGAUUCGAGUGAGGAUAAGGCUGAAGAGGAAGAGAGGCGAAGGUGUGAGGGUGGAGGAGCAGGAGGGGCGACAUGAGGGGGAGAGGAGGGGCGAGGGGAGGGAGAGGAGGAAGAGGAAGGGAGAGCAUGAGGAAGCAAAAGAAAGGGGCGAAAAGGGGGAGGAGGAUGGUUCGGCAAGGGAGGAGAAAAGAAACGAUGAGAGAAGUAUGAAGGAACGAGAUUCAGCAGAGAAGGCUAAGGAGUUGGGAGAGAGGAAAGGAGGGGACGCAAGAGAGGGCGAUGAUUUCCAUGCAGAGGUGACAAGGAGCAAGAGGAGGAGGAAGGGAGGGCAGGAGGAGGGGAGGGAGGGGGGCAAGGGAAGGCAGAGGAGGGAGGGAGAGGAGGUGGAGGAGGCAAGGAGAGGAAAGAGUGGUGUGAGUGGUGUGAUGCAAAAGGGGGUUGAGGAGAGGAGUGAGGGACGCUUGCAAGAGGAGGGUGAUGAGGGGAGGGGCGGGGGUGUGGAUGGGCUGACCAAGGAGGGUGGAGCACCAAAACGUGAGGGGCCGAGGAAAGGGCAAAGGGAGGUGCAGAGGGAAGCAGAGGAGGAGGAAGAGUGUAAGGAUAACAAGGGAGACAGGGGAAAGGAGGUGGAUGGUGAGGGGAAGGAGGUGGAUGGUGAGGGGAAGGAGGUGGACGGUGAGGGGAAGGAGCAAGCCGGGGAGGCGCACGGGAGUGGUGUUAGUACAGAGGGUCUGGGUCUUGAAGCGCCUCAAACGCGGUCUCAGGAAGAGAAACGAACACAUGGGGGUGGCAGUAUAGAGGGUUUGGCGGGCUUGGAUGUUCUUAUAGGGGGGGCGGGCAGGGGGGGGGCUGCAGGUAGCAAUAGUGGGAGGGGGAGGGGCGAAGGAGGGAGGAGUAUUGGGGAAGGUGAGGAAGGGAAAGAGGAUGGGAAGGGGGGUGGGAAGGGGGGUGGGAAGGGGGGUGGGAAGGGGGGUGGGAAGGGGGAUAGCGUGGGAGAUGUGGAAGGGAAGAGGGAGGAGAGUGGGGAUGGAGAUGGGGAGGGGGCGGCAGGCUUGGAUGGGGGGUUGAAGCUCAUGAUUCGCAAGUCGCAUGGGACGGGAGGAAUGUGUGGGAAGGGCAGGGAUGAAGACAGCAGACCAACCGGGUAG